AAGCAAGGUUGAGACAUACACGGUGAUAAGAAGGAAGAAUUAAGAAAUUAGAAAUUUAAAAGCAAAUAAAAGAAUUAAAUUUGGAAAGAAAAUUUGUGAAGAAAGUGAGAAUUGAAAACUAAAACUUUGACAAUUUACUAGUUUUGGGGUGAAUCAUCAACAAAGUGAAGCUUGGAUUGAACUUAGAACUUAAAAUAUCAAUAAAUUAUCAAAUUAAAUCAACAUUAGAACCAGCUCAGAUAAUCAGAGAACAGAAAUACCUCUAAUCACACAAUAAAGCCUUAAAAGUCAUCUAAUAAUAACAUCUAUAAAUCAUGGACAGCAUUCCAGAACAUAUAAUGAUCAAAGUAUUCAAGAUACUUGACAAAAACUCAAUCAAAUCGGCGUCAAAAGUUUGUAGAAGAUGGCAACACAUCAUCAGUUCCUCAUCAGCGCUCAUCAAUCGUCUCGACACAAUAUUUAACAUGAAGAACUCAAAGAAAUUAACGGAAUCAAUCAAGGAACUUGACAAUAUUCCAUACAAGUCAGUCGUCUUUCGUCCUAAAUUCUAUCAAGACAACAAGCUUCUCCAAAGGUCACUGAAAGCAUUGAAGAAGCAUAAACAGCAUGUUGAGAAAAUUGAGUUCUUCUUAGCAUCAUGCAGCACAAUCCUUCAGACUGUUAAUGCUUUGUCUGGUGAUAAAAUCACAAACUUGACGAUCUCGCAGAGCUAUAAGGAGUACAUUGAUGACUUUACAGGCUUAAAUUUACCAAAUUUAAAGAGCCUUGAAACUCAUCAAGCUAGUGGAAUGUUGAAGAUGAUUAAAGUCCACAAAAUUGAGCACUUAAAGAUUAUUCACGACUAUGAUGACUAUGACACAGCAGACGAUAAGAUUAAUACAUUCUUAAUGACUUGUCCAGAACUGAAAACUCUACUUUUUGAGCAUCACUUCCCAAUUAUCGAAACUGCAAAGAUGCCAUUUAAGUUGACGCACUUGACAGUCUCGAAUAUUGAGGAACGGCAAAAAUUCUUUUGUCGUCGCCAACUUGAUACACUUAAAAAAUUAAUCGAAGCUAAUUUUGAGACUUUGGAGCUGUUUCUGCUCGGAAAUUAUGGAGCUGUUGAUGGACUUUUGGAGUUCAUGCUGCCAAAGGCUAAAAAGUUGCAGUACUUGUUCCUCGUAUGUCCAACAUUCAACAGAAUUGAGGAAAAUAUCCCGAAAAAUCGGUCAAUAACUGACAUGGCACUGACUUUGGCUCAUCAUUGUGACUCGAAUGUCGGAAAGACAAGAAAAAUUAUCAGAGCAUGUCCAGGACUACAAAAAUUAAGCCUUAAUUCCAUCACACAUGAUGUCAGUCCAUUGAUCCAAGAAGCUGCUUGGUCGCUGCCAAAUUUAAAAGAUUUGUCGAUAUUCAGCACUAAAGGGAGGUCUUUUAAUCACAUCCCACAGCUUAAGGCUCUAGAAAUUCUUUAUGUUGAAAGAAUCACAAGUCAGGCAGACAUCAAGCCACUAGUGAACCUCAUCUUAGCUGCACCAAAGCUUAAAAAGCUAAAAAUUGAACUUUGGGGUGGUGACCGACUUGCAUUUUUAAGCAAAGACAGACUAAGGAAGAUCUUAACGACAUGCACGGAACUAGAAGAAAUUUUCAUCGGCGGACUAUUCAAGCUUCCAAAUUCCUUCGUUGAAGGCUUACUGGAAACAGAAUCUAACCUUAAAAACUUAAUAAUUGAGACUUACGAUGUCGAAAUGAUCCAAAAGAAUGCUGAGAAGCUGCUAGACACAAAGAUCCGAUGCACAGCACUUCAAUGGUACCCAAAAAGGAAAAACGAAGAUGAAGCUAAAUGUUCAGAUGAUGAGGACUAUGACUUUGUUGAUGAAGGUCCGCAGGAAGCAGACUACAUUGACUUUAAUGACUUUUUGAACUAUGGAAUUAAUAAUGAUGGAUUCGAGUCGUCAGAUGAUGAGGAAGCUGACAAUUUAUUAUUUGGUGGUGACGAUGAUGAUGACAGGAAUUUAAGAGUUGAUCAGGAGGAGAGAAAUGAGGAUGUUGAUGAUAGGUUCGAUGACUUAGGCAGAAGAAGAUCGAAGAGAUUGAGACUUAUGAGAUAAAAAAAUUUGUUGUAUUUUUUUGGAAAUGUUUAAGUUUUUAAAUUUAAUAAAAAAUAAAAUUUAUAAAUAAAGAA